CAGAGGUGCAGCAAAUGGUAAAAGAAGGAAAAAGCCAAGUUUUGACUUCAGUAAUUCCUUCAGGAAUUAUCCAGCCUGCCUCUGCUACUAGAUGAAUGGAAAACUCAGUGAUUUGAACUACGUGACAACAAGGAGUUGUCCUUGGUUUUUGUGCUUUGCAGCAUUCCUCAAAUUCCUUUCACAUCUUCUCUUACUAUAAGAACUGCAUUUAAGUUAAAAAAAUGAAGCAGCUGAAAAGAAAAAGGAAAAGCAAUUUUAGUGUUCAAGAGACUCAGACCCUUUUGAAAGAAAUUACGAAAAGGAAAGAAGUCAUUUUUUCCAAGCAGCUCAACACGACAAUUAACGUGAUGAAACGAAUGGCUUGGGAGGAGAUUGCACAGUGUGUGAAUGCCGUAGGAGAAGGAGAGCAGAGGACAGGGACGGAAGUGAAAAGAAGGUACCUUGACUGGAGAGCACUUAUGAAGAGAAAGAGGAUGAAGGCCAACAUUAAGUUAGUUGGUUCUGGAUUUCCCCUUCCCUCCUCUGAUUUAGAUGACUCUCUCACUGAAGAGAUAGAUGAAAAGAUAGGAUUCCGAAAUGAUGCAAAUUUUGACUGGCAAAAUGUGGCAGAUUUCAGGGAUGCAGGUGGAUCCUUAACUGAGGUCAAGGUGGAAGAGGAAGAAAGGGAUCCCCAGAGUCCUGAAUUUGAGAUUGAGGAGGAAGAAGAAAUGUUGUCAUCGGUCAUACCAGAUUCCAGGAGGGAAAAUGAACUUCCCGAUUUCCCCCACAUUGAUGAGUUUUUUACUCUUAACUCAACACCAUCUAGAUCUGCGUACGAUGAGCCCCACUUGCUUGUCAACAUAGAGAAACAGAAACUAGAGUUGGAAAAACGACGCCUGGAUAUUGAGGCUGAAAGACUGCAGGUAGAAAAGGAACGCCUGCAGAUUGAGAAAGAGAGGCUGCGGCAUUUAGACAUGGAGCACGAGCGGCUUCAGCUGGAGAAGGAGCGGCUGCAGAUUGAAAGAGAGAAGCUGAGGUUACAGAUAGUGAAUUCAGAGAAACCAUCUUUGGAAAACGAACUUGGUCAAGGGGAAAAGUCCAUGCUUCAACCACAGGACAUAGAAACAGAGAAGUUAAAACUUGAGCGAGAACGCUUGCAACUGGAAAAAGAUAGGCUGCAGUUUUUGAAGUUUGAAUCCGAGAAGCUGCAGAUUGAAAAGGAACGUUUGCAAGUAGAGAAAGAAAGACUUCGAAUUCAGAAGGAAGGACACUUGCAGUGAUUUUUCUAGGCCUCCAUUUAGCAAAUAUUUGUAAACUGUAGGUUUU